CUUUUUUAUUACUCUAGUGAAGUCGAUAUGAAAAUCCAUCUCCUUCCCUUCUUUGCUUUAUUAUGUGUGACAAUUGCUUUAAAUAGAAGUAAUGGUGCUCUACCAGAAGAGGUGUAUUGGAAAUCCAAUUUACCAAACACUCCUUUGCCAAAAGCUCUACAAGAACUUCUGCUGCCAGGAAACGAGAGUAGAUUUGCAGAUAUAAAGGAUAUUGUUGAAUCGAAGCAAUCAGUGUUCAACUAUGUAACUGGGUAUGGACCAAUAUCGCUUGCAAUUAAAAAAAAUAUUGCAACAUACAAUGAAAGUACUAUAUUCUUUUUAUACAAUGAUCUCCAUCGUAGUAAAAAAAUGAAACUUAGUUUCACUAAUUCCAUAAAAGAGUCCAAAUUCUUGCCUCGUAAAAUUGCCGAUUCCAUACCCUUUUCGAGCAACAAAUCACAAGAAAUUUUGAACUAUUUUUCAAUAGACCCGGCAUCAAAAGAAGGUCAAAUCAUAAAACAAACAAUCAAAGAAUGUGAAGCGCCGAGAUUUAGAGGAGAAGACAAAUAUUGUGCUACUUCUUUCGAAUCAUUAGUAGAUUUCAUCACCUCCAAGCUUGGCUCGGAAGUUAGGGCAUUAUCGAAUGAGGUAGAAGAGAGCACGAAGCAAGAAUAUACCAUAUUGACGGGAAUCAAAAUAAUAAAAGGCGAUCGAUUAGUUUGUCACAAGCAGAGAUAUAAAUAUGCUGUAUUUUAUUGCCAUAAAAUGAGUGGUACAAUGGCUUAUAUGGUUCCAUUGUUAGGUAAUGAUGGCUCCAAACCUAAAGUAAUCGUUGUCUGUCAUUCAGAUACAUCAGCUUGGAACCCUAAUCAUUUUGCCUUCUAUGUCCUAAAUGUUAAGCCAGGAGGUCCUCCGAUUUGUCACUUCCUUAAAAGUGAUACAAUUGUUUGGGUAUCUACCUAGUUUACUUAGA